CCGUUUCGCAUUUGUUGUUUGCCACUUUUUCGCGCCACCCCAAAUAUAAAAUACGAGUGCCAGAGGCGAAAAUCAGAAAGUUAGUGCCGACCGUUGGUGACGUCAGAGGCUGGGAAAAAUCGCCAGGAUGUCUGCCAAUAAUCAGCAGCAGCAGGCGGAUCCCUCGGCCGCCGUGGCCGCCCCCGCAGCCUCCUCGGAAUACCUGAAACGCACCUGCCUCAUCUGCGGCUGCCACACCAACCAGACGAUCAAUAUCUACGAGCCCCGCUCCGGACCCAAUAUCGUCCAGCUAAUCCAGGCGAAAUUCAAAUUUCAGCCCUUGAACGAGGACAAGUUCCUCUGCUUCAGCUGCAACAACUGGCUGAUCAACUGGCAUUCCCUGCAGGCGGUCAACAGCAAUGAGGCCGAAAGCCAGAGCCAAAGUCCCUCGCACAUGGGCAACAGUGUGCUGCAGCAGGAGCGGACCAAGCUGCGUCCGGUGGCGAUGGUCCGGCCCCAGGUGCGUGUCCAGCCGCAGUCGCAGCCGCAGCCGCAGCCCCAAGUGCCCGUCAAUCCCACACCCGCACCCAUAACCUACUCGAAGCGAAGGACCAGCCGACGCAGUGCCUCUGUUAGCCGAAUGAGCCGAGUGCUGCGACAAUGCUGUAUGGAGAGCCUGCGGCGGAGUCCCAAGAAGCGCAGCCAGCAGUCGGUGUUGGUGUACCUCAGACAGGGUCAACGGCGGAGCAAUGUGAUCUGCAAGGUGGAGUGUGUGGCGCCGCGAAGGAAACCGGCGGAGAGACUGGUCAAGGAGGUGACUCUGGCUGCCACACCCACAUCCGCACCCGCACCCGCACCCACCGCAUGUCCCACACCCACUAACCAAAGAUUCCCGCAGCCCAGUGUGGAUGGCAAAGUAGUGGCCAUGUUCCGGCGACUGGGGACCACACUGAGCAGGGAGGCACCGCCCGCAUCUUCAGCAGAAUCAGCCACCGCCACCACCUCCAGCACCUCGAAUGUGUCGUCGCGACCCCCGCAGAUCAUGAGUCCCCUCAAACAGAGACCGCGCUGGACGCGGCACCUCGAUGAUGAUGAGAUACUGCUGCAAUUCGAUAGUGCCAUAUCCGAAGUCCUGCCAACCACCAAAGCGCGACGCUGCCUUGGCUAUCAGGUUACCCACCAGGAUGACAAAGAAAACGUACGGGCUGAGGAAAUGGAGCUCGAGCUGGAGGAGGAACUGGAGGAGGACGACCAAGCGGAAGAGGAUGCGGAAGCGCCAGUGGAACCGCAGGGCCACCGCAAAGCAGGCAGCAGCCAUCAAGAUUCCCACCAAGCUUCGCUUCAACUUGCCGGCCUGCGAUUACCGAUGGGCCUCAGCAUUAGCCUGGUGUAAAUGCGAAGAGCCCAAGUUACGGCCACAAAUCACAAGAAUAGUCAAAUUGCAUGCACAAAACAGAAGCAAAUUAUGAGCAUUAGCGAAUGUCUAAUUUAAUAGUACCUCGAUUACAUUUUAAUUGUUAGUCAAAUACCUUAAUUAAUUAGCGGACAAAAGAAAACACACACAAACACAAACAAAAGACCUAAGAAUGUUAAGUUAACGGAUGUGGAAAGCUAUAUUUAAAAUAUACAUAUUAGUCAUAGGCAACUCCCCCUUAAACCCAAA